ACACCUCCUUCCAGCUGGACACAGACUGGUGAGCUGAAGGGGAAACUCUGAGAUCCCACUGCUGACACCAUGAGCUCAGAAGCUGACGGGAUCUGCCCAGAGGGCAAAGACUUUGUUGAUGUCAUUGAGUAUUUAAUGGACCCAAGGAACAAAGAGAAACUUCAACGCCUGCUGAGUGAUGAAGCCUGGAAAAGAUUUGUGACUGGGGCCAAGUUGUCCAGGGAUGAGGCAGAUGCACUCUAUGCAGACUUGAGCGAGCUGAAAACACUCAUGGCCCUGGAGGACAAAGACAUGCCCUCAGCACACCAGCUGCAUCGGGAGAGCUUUAUGAAGGAGUUUCCUCAGGUGAAACAGGACCUUGAGGAGCGCAUACGAAAGCUCUACGCACUUGCUGAUGAGGUUGACAAGGUACACAGGGACUGCACCAUCUCCAAAGUGGCGGCCUCUUCCGCGGGCGCUGUGUCUGGCAUUCUGACCAUCGCUGGCCUGGCUCUGGCACCUGUGACAGCAGGAGCUACUCUGGUGCUUUCAGCAACUGGGUUGGGACUGGGGGCAGCAGCUGCUGUGACCGGUGUGACUGCCAGCAUUGUGGAAGCCUCAAAGAACGCGUCAGCAAAAGCCGAAGCCAGCCGCCUGUUGUCAACCGGCAGUGACACAGAGAAGAUGGUUGAGGAGGUUCUACGUUGCAGCACACCCAAAAUUGCUUCCUUAGCACCGAAGUGCUUCCAAUCCCUGCAAGACAUUGUGAAGAAUGCCCGUGCCUUCAAGCUGGCCAAAGCCAAUCCUCGCUUAGCAGCCAAGGCCAUGCGCUUCUUGCGCAUGGGGACAGUCUCAGCCCGAAGCAGCAAGCAGGUGCAGAAAGCUUUUGGAGGCACUGCUCUGGCCAUGAGCAAAGAAGCCAGGGUCUUUGGUGCAGCCACGGCAGGUAUAUUCCUUCUCAUGGAUGUAAUUCAGCUAGUGAAAGAGUCAGUGCACUUACAUGAGGGCGCAAAGGCUCAGUCGGCGGAAGAGUUGAGGCAGCAGGCCCAGGAGCUGGAGAGGAAAUUGGAAGAACUCACCCGAAUUCACACAAGUCUACAGGAGGACCUGACUCCAUGAUCCCCAGACAGUGCAGGGAGCAGGGUGUGUGGGAGACAAAGGUGUGGACUUACCUUGUUAGAGGGGGAAAGCCAGCGAGAUAAAAUGGAUGGAACUGUGUGUUAAGAAGUUUGGUAUUUCUAUAGCUGAGCACAGCAAAGGAGGGGUUCAUGCAGAUGGCUGGUGGGCCAAAGAGAAGGAAGGAACCUGG